AUGAGCCAGAACACGGGUAGUGAAAGCAGCAAAGCUGCUUCCUCACAAACGCAUCGGCACCGGAGUUCCAACGCGGGCUACGCGACUCCUGGGUCUUCCUGCUCGACCCUCGAGACGAUCCCCUGCGUGGGGCUGGGUGAGGCGCCGCCGGGCGUGCCGUCUGGCAGCGGAACUGUCUUCUGCGAAAAGACCUACAAAGUCAAAAUCGACAGUGAGACCGUCUGGAAGGUGCCUACGAGGCUCAAGUUCGUCAAGAAGGUGGGAAGCGGAGCGUAUGGCUGUGUCGCUUCAUUUGAAGAUACAAGCGGACCGGCAUCUAAAGAUGGCGUCGCAGACAGCGAGGGCUCGCGGCGGCAGGAGACUUCGGGGAGCCGCUGGAGCUCGUCAACUGCCGACGGGACUGGUGCGAGUGGAGGAGACAGUGGGACGAACAAGCGUCUGGCUGUCAAGAAGAUUGGGGAUUUGUUCCGCGAUUUGAUUGAUGCGAAGCGGAUCUACAGAGAGAUCAAGAUUUUGAAGGAGUUGAAGCACGAAAACAUUAUCGAUCUGGUCGAGAUCCUCGACCCCCUGACGCCCGACUUCGAUGACAUUUACCUUGUUUCCGACCUCAUGGACACAGAUCUGCAUCGCGUGAUCUACUCACGCCAGCCGUUGACGGCGGAGCAUCAUCAGUACUUCCUGUACCAGCUCUUGCUCGGUCUCUCCUUCCUCCAUCAGGCCGACAUCAUCCACCGCGAUUUGAAGCCGUCCAACAUCCUGGUCAACCUCAACUGCGACAUCAAGAUCUGUGACUUUGGCUUGGCGCGAGGCCUCAACAUGAACCCUUCGCCAGCACCGGCGCAGCAGAACCUGCCCAGCGCCUCCUCCGCCACCUCCAGCUUCCUGGGGGGCCUCUCGGCGGUUCCAUCCCAGGCGAACGUGAGUGCGUACGCCGCGGCCGACGGCUGCUCAGGCGUCGUGGGUCGCUGGGGCGACCAGAAGCUCGCGGCAGCCGCCGGCGCCGGCUCCACUGCCGCGACCCGGCUCGUGAGGCUCGCGCAACAACAGGGUUCAAGCGGCGUCGUCGGCGACAAGCAUGACGGCUCUAUCGUGCAGGAACACGACGACGACCAUGGCGACGACAUGGAGUUGACUGACUACGUCGUCACGCGCUGGUACCGCCCCCCCGAAAUCCUCAUCUCCCCGUUCUGCUACUCCAAACCCGUCGACCUCUGGUCGGUCGGCUGCAUCUUUGCGGAGCUCCUCGGCCGACGAGCCUUGUUCGCUGGCAAAGACCAUUUCGACCAGCUGCGCCGAAUCGUGCGCGUCUUGGGCAGACCGAGCACGGCAGAAAUCAACAAAGUCGCCACCGAAGGCCGCGGCCGCCACUUCAACUCUGGAAAGGGAAGCGCCUCCAGUGGCAAGAAAAAGCGCUCGGAGGCCGCCCGCCGGUUCAUCGAAAGUCUCCCGAACAGUGAACCCUACAAACUCGAAGACUUGUUCCCGGACGCCUCCAAGGCUGCACUCGACCUGCUGUCGGGCCUGUUGGCCUUUGACCCCGCGAAGCGAAUUACCGUACAGGAGGCCCUCCGCCACGAAUACUUCGAAGGGCUUCACUCAGUCGAGGAUGAGCCGCAUGUCACCACGCCCGUCGACUGGUCUUUCGACAACUUCGUCCCUACCAAACGGCUCCUGCAGAACAAAGUCUACUCGGAGAUCCUCUCGUAUCAUCCGGAGAUCGUCCUGAGAGACUUCCACCUGCUGCCGUCUCGAGGCAUUCACAUUGCGCCCAGUACGCUCCCCCCGUACAUUCGCCAGCCCCUGGCGGCGAUUCAGCAGCAGCAGUUGGCCGCCAACAUGGCCAGUUCGAGUGCCUCGCGCGCGAGUCGAAGUUCAGGUUGUCUGCCCACGGUGUCGCGCUCCGCGUCAAAUUUUCUACGGAACCCGAUUUCGGCGUCCCUCGUCCCCGCCGCCUCGCCGGUCCUAGCCCACAAAGCGAACCCGAAUCAGGCGUCUGUUCACAGUCAUCCGGGGGCUCCAGUCCCCGCCUCCGGCUUUUUCGUAGCCGACGAUCGGUCCCUGAGUGCCGCCUCGACGGCUCCGCCUGACGAACAGCACGAGGCGCUCAAUGCAAGUCUGGAGGCCUUCGCCUCAACCGCUGCAGGCUCCAGCGCCGCAGUGUCUCCCCAGCUCACUGCGGCAGCUGCGUCUGCAGGCACCUACGGCAUGGGGUCGCAGUCGAAGAAAGAAAGCCUGCUCGCAGGGGCCGGGUCGGCGAGGGGAGCUACGGGUUGCGGCAGCCACGGAGUUGCGCCCUCCGAAGCUCCCUUGAGAGGCGAGGUCUCUCCUGCGUUGUCGCAUGCAUCUUACGCUCUUCCUGCCCCCCACGCCACGUGCUCGGUGACACCCUCUCCGCAGACGUGUUCCCAAUCGCUCCCAUUCAAAGCUGGGCUUACUGGUGGCCUCCCUCUGUCUUCGCCGGCACUCUCGGCUGCCUCUCAGGGGGAGCUGCGCAGCUGCGCGUCUCUGCCAUUUUCGGGAGCUUCGUCCCUUGCGGCCGCAGAGUUUGGCGUGACGGCAAGUGACUCCGGCAGCAGCGUGGCAACGCGCGCCGCAGUCGUCUCGACGACGAGUCCUGACCAUCUCUGCUCCGCGUCUUCCUCGUACGCAGUUGGCGCGUGUCCCUCGGGCACAUCUUUCGCUUCCCUUCCAGUCACGGUCACCUCCUGCGCCUCGACUUCGUCUGCGGCAGGGCCCUUUGGCCGCAAGAGCGGCGGCGACAGAGAGGGAUCUCUCCUCUCCACGCACCCCGGCUCCAACAGCGACCCGCUCUCCACUCGCCACACCUUGCCUGGGACGACGUCACCGGCGGCCUCUCUGCUCAAAGCCGCCGCGGGUUCCUCCGCAGUUGCUCGCAGCCGCGGAGACCUGGGCAUCUCUCCGCGGCUCCCCGUGUCGCAAUCGGCACACCCGUAUAUCCAGAAGUUCCUUGCGCCGCAGAGAGAGGCUGCGUCCUCGGAGCGGUCUUCCUCUGCGCUCGUCUAUCGCGCGACUCAGCAUCAUGCGGCGGCGCUGCACCACGGCCGGCAGCGAGAGCGAGGCUGCUCAAACCCCAGCGCCGUUCUGGAAGCCAGUGGAUUCGCCCCAUCCUCUGGGGCAGCAGGCAGCGCGACAGGCCGCAGCGCGUCUCUGCCCUCUACGGCGGCGGAGCUCGUGGCUGCCGCGCAUGCUUCCGCGGCGUGUCUCGCGCCUGGAGCUGCGACCGAUAUCCAGUCCUCGUGUGUCGUCCCUCUCUUCUCAGCGCCCGAUCCUACGCAGGGCGGAGUCCACGCGCUCGGCGGAGGCGUCGGUCCCGCUGUCUCUCCGUCGCUGUUCAACUUGCUUCCGGGCUCCGCAGCGCAGGACGGGGAACGCGGAUUGGGGGGGGGGCAGCGCAUGCGGUUUUGCGAGGGGAACGACCUAGUCGCGGAAGCCCGCGGAGGCGGCGGCCCUCUGUCUUGCGGGUCGGCGCUGUCUCGGGGGUCUCUGGCGGCGGCCGAUGCGAACUUGCGAGUGGCGGCUGCAGGCCGAGACGCGAGCAACAGCGGACAAAGCUCUGCACACGGCAGCCGCACAACGACGCAAUCGUCUCUGUCCGCCGCCGACGAAGCCGUGUUUUUCCUGGGGGCCGCUGGAGAAGGCCACGGACAACGCCAGCUCGCGGGCGCCGCGAGUGCGAUGUUGCUUCAGCAGUACCAGAAGGAGAUCCAGCAGCAUCACUUCGCCCAACAGGCGCAGCUUGCGCAGCACAAGAGAUGCCAGACCGGAGACUUCGGCGCCGACGGCGCAGACAACAACAUGAACAUGUCGAUAGAUGCCUCGUUCGGGCACAGGCUCGCGGACGGCGAGCACGCCAUGGAUGUUGACGACGAGAGUGGAGACGUCGAGUUUCUCUUGGCGCAGCACGAGAGGGGCGAUGGCCAGCGCCCGCCCAGCGGUAGCUGCAACCUCACUGACCAGCAGCUGAUGCUCCUUCGGCAACAGCUGUAG